CUCAGAAACGCGUUUCUUUAUGUGAAAAAAAAGAAAAAAAAAAAUCCCCGGUUCUUACAAGCCACCUCUUUCUGUUUCUGUCCGUCACACUGUCGCUCAGUCUCUCUCAUCAUGCUGCAAUUCGGUUCUUGGUUUUAUGGAAAGCUCCGGCGGUAACGGUAACGGCGUUGCUGGCGGAGGAUUCUGGUGGGUGGUGGUGGCGGAGAAAGCUCUCAACCUUUCUUGCUUCUCUCCAGCUUCUUAUUUCUCUUCUUAUAGAUGUGAAUGCUUUUGUAUCACUUGAAGAGCUGGUCAAUACAUUGCACGUAUUGAUUCGUUUAGUGCAGGAUUUCGAGUUGAUAAUUGGAGUUUGGAAAAAAAAAAAAUGCUAUCCACAAGGAAAUUUAGGCACAAUAUCACUACAGUUUCCCCUACUGUUUUAUUGUCCUUACUUUUCAACAGUGGAUAUGAUUCCACUCACAUUUUCAGACCCCAGAUGCGAGUUUCUUCAAGUCAGAAGCCUGUCAGUGAGUUUGUCAAUUCCUCUUUGACCAACUUAAACAUGUCAAUUGUUGUUUUAGGAAUGUGUAAUGGGUUCACUCAUCAAUCGCAUUCUUUAUCAACCAUGGCUGGAACUAUCUUGGUCCAGGCUCGAGAUCCAGCUAAACUAAGUGCAGAAAUUGAAAAUGCAAUUGAUAAUCAUAGAUAUAAUGAUGCUUGGAAUCUGUUUGAACAACACAUGCAGAUGGAAGGAUUUCCUCGUAAAACCAUUGUAAAUAAGGUUCUUGCAAGUUUUGCAGAAAGCAUGGAUAUUCAGUGGCUUGAGAAGGCUUAUGGCUUGGUGGAACAGGCUAUUGAAGAAAGUAAACAGAAUUUGUUGGAAAAGGAGGCUCUGAUAUAUCUCUCAUAUGGUCUUGCUAAAUGUGGUUUACCAGUUCCAGCAUCAACUAUUAUAAGAAAGUUAAUAGAAAUGGAAAAAUUUCCUCCUGUGACUGCUUGGUCUGCAAUUUUGGCCCACAUGUCCUUAACAGCUCCUGGAGCUUACCUUGCUGCUGAGUUGAUCCUUGAGAUAGGUUAUUUAUUCCAAGAUGGGAGAGUUGAUCCACGUAAGAAAAGCAAUGCACCUUUGAUUGCUAUGAGGCCUAACGCUACUUCUAUGAACAUUGCUUUGGCUGGGUGUCUCUUGUUUGGUACCACGAGGAAAGCUGAGCAGCUCCUUGACAUGAUGCCUCGCAUUUUUAUCAAAGUUAAUGCAUCUCUGUUGAUCACAAUGGCACAUAUAUAUGAAAGGAAUGGGAGAAGAGAAGAGUUGAAGAAACUUCAGAGACAUGUAGAUGAAGCUCAAGGUUUAAGUGAUAGUCAAUUUCGGCAGUUCUAUAAUUGUUUGUUAACAUGCCACUUGAAAUUUGGGGAUCUUGAUUCUGCUUCUAGCAUGGUUUUGAAAAUGCUUCGGAAAGCAAAGGAGGCACAGAAUUCUCUCGCCACAGCCACACUUGGCAUUCAAUCUGAUAGGAAGUCCUAUUCAAGUUUGAACCAUGGAGAACCUGAUAGCUUAAAGAAAAAUAAAUCAAUUGGAAAUCCUAUGAUUUCUUAUGAAGAGUUCUUGAAAGAUCUAAAGUUUUUGAAACUUGAUGCAGAGGCAAAGGAACUUCUCAAUUCUUUGCUAUCAAAGUUGCAGACCCAAGUUGUAUUGAUUACCACUGACCGGGGUAUUCUUCAGCCUACUGAUAAAAUUUAUGUGAAACUAGUCAAGGCAUUUUUGGAAGCUGGCAAGACCAAGGAGCUGGCCGCCUUUCUUAACCAGGCUGAGAAAGAAGAUUCUCCUGCUUCUAAUGAUGAUUCAAUCUUGGUUAAUGUCAUUAAUUCAUGCAUUUCACUUGGUUGGCUAGAUCAGGCACAUGACCUUCUUGACGAGAUGCGUUUGGCUGGGGUUAGAGCUAGUUCUUCUAUAUAUGCCUCCCUUUUAAAAUCAUAUUGUGAAGCCAAUCGAGCAGGAGAGGCUGCAUCACUUCUGAGAGAUGCCCAUAGAGCUGGGAUCCAACUUGACUCAAGCUGUUAUGAGGCAUUGAUUGAAUCCCAAGUUUUGCAAAACGAUACUCAGGGAGCUCUCCACUUGUUUAAACAAAUGAAGGAUGCUAAACUAAAUAAAAGUGGUUGUCAAGAGUUCGAGAGGUUGGUUAAGGGCUGUUCAGAGGGUGGUGAAGUGGGGUUGAUGGCUAAGCUUUUGAGGGAAAUCAAGGAUGGUCAGACAGUGGAUUCUGCAGUUUAUGAUUGGAAUAAUGUAAUACACUUCUUCUGUAAAAAAAGAUUGAUGAAUGAUGCAGAGAAGGCUCUGAAGAAGAUGAGAAGUCUAGGACAUGCUCCAAAUGCUCAAACUUUCCAUUCUAUGGUAACGGGCUACGCUGCUAUUGGGGGAAAAUAUAUAGAGGUAACAGAGUUAUGGGGUGAAAUGAAAUCUCUUGCUUCGUCCACCUCUAUGAAGUUUGACCAGGAACUCCUGGAUUCUGUGCUUUACACAUUUGUUAGAGGUGGAUUUUUUGUUCGAGCAAAUGAAGUUGCGGAUAUGAUGGAGAAAGGUAACAUGUUUGUCGACAAGUACAAAUACCGAACCCUCUUCUUGAAGUACCAUAAAACACUGCAUAAGGGAAAAGCUCCCAAAUUCCAGACAGAAUCACAAUUAAAAAGGAGAGAAGCAGUAUUAAGCUUCAAGAAGUGGGUAGGUUUGCAUUAAGGAAUUCUUUGUUGCCUUCCAUCUCGUUCUAAAGCUCUCAUAUGAGUUGUCCGGAUAGUGUAAAUUUCUUAUGAUUUUUGAGUGACAAUGAUACUGACAGAUUUGGUUUUAAUCACCUAUUUGUGGAUUAAUGCUAGUGAUUUUAGUUUUUCCAACUACAAACUAUUUUUAGAGGCUUAACUUUUUCAAACAAUGUCUUCUAUUUCAGUUUUCAGUGUCAGAGAUGAAUUUAAGCAA